AUGAAUAAGAACCUGAAAUGGGUAUCGUGGAAUGGAAGUAUACCCUCUGGUGCCGUGUCAAUCUAUAACGCCUACAGAAAGAGAAGAGACUACAUCUGUCAUUUUCAAUGCUCCGUGGGAUUCUAUACCGAGAGCCAAGGUCCAAGUUGCUUCUACCCAUAUGAUGGCAAAGAGUUCUUCAAUUCCAUAUUUAAAAUCCUAAUAAAUGAAGAUAAUUUUGAAAUAUUGGAAUGGAAGGCAGACUCGUGGGGUUAUGUUCCAUUUAAUGCUGUGGAUAGCUGUGGUACAGGGACUUAUAUAGGGAAAAAUAAAUAUGGUUUAGGAAAAAUUGUUCCCAACUUCAAAUCCUUUUUCCUUCCCUAUGAUGGUAAAGAAUAUUUCUACAAAUCAUAUGAAGUGCUAACUAUUAACCUUAACAUUAUUCAACAAACCUUGAAUAACAUCCAAUACAAACUUAAUGAACUGAACAUGACAAUGCAGCCCCCUGAAAUGCUAACUAAAUCCACAGUUAUUAAUAAGGACUGUCGACCUGUAAAGAAGACCAUUAAAUUGAGUAAAGCUACUACUGUCCAAAAAACCUGGAGCGUUGGGCACACUCUUUCAUCUGAAAUAGCCACCACAAUAACAGCAUCAGUACCCAUGAUAGGGGAGGCGGCCGUCGGUUUCAGCACAGAGAUCAGUAUGGACUGGAAUAAGGGGGCUAGUAAGGAAGAGAUCAAAACUUACCAGCAGUCAGUGGAGAUUGAAGUUCCCCCAAAUUAUGUUUGUGAGACAUUCAUGGAAGGUGUGCAAGUUUUAACAGAUCUUCCCUUCGUUGCAGACCUCACAAAGCACUAUCGGGAUGGACAAAAACGUACAAUCACAGUUAGAGGCAAAUAUAAAGAUGUGCAAAUAAAUGAAUUAACCACACUGGUAAAGAGAUGCAAGUUAAUUGUCAAUGCAGAGUCAUGUCUUACGGCAGCACUACAGGUUAACCAAUCCAACGCCUCACUAGUAGAAAAGGAUGAAGAUUAUAAAUAUAGGCUUCAGUAA